UUAAAUUUCAUCAUCAAUCAUGAUUCAUGGUUCUACAAAGUUCUAACAAGUUUUAGUCCACGUCUCACUCAUGCAGUUUACCAAAGUGCACUUUGGUUAGGGUUAAUGUACACUUAAGUGUACAUUAAAACUCAGGGACACGCGUCCACGUUGCGUGACUGUGUAGAAUUAGAAACCGCACAAGAGUCUGGUUCAAACAUUCAUUCUCUCUCAAGUUUGGAAAAGGGAAUAGUCCAUCAUGUCCGAGCUCAGUUGGUGGAGUUUAGCAAAAGUCUUCGUACCCAAAGUCGUGCCAAGGCUUUGGCUUAACAUCUGGCACUGGAAUACGGUUGAAGAACGCCUGUUGGAAUUCGUCAAGAGUACUGCUAAAGAGGGUGACGUGACCAGUGUGCUUUCUUCCGCGGAUCGGUUCAUCAGAGAAAAGGAGUGGAUGAUGAAUAUUCAGUGUGAGAAAAGACUGAAAAUCGAGGAAGUCUUGGAGGAAAGGAAGCCCAAGGCUUGUUUGGAACUGGGGACUUAUUUUGGCUACUCAGCCAUAUCGACAGCAAGCAAGCUGCCUAAAGAAGGUCGUCUGAUCACAUUGGAGAUCAAAGAAAAGAAUGCAGCAAUCGCCCAGCAAUUCAUCCAAUUUGCUGGUCUAAACGACAAGAUUUCCAUCUCAGUUGGAAAAGCAACAGACAUCAUUCCAACUCUGCGCAGCCGUUACUCCAUAGACAAGCUUGACUACGUCUUCCUAGACCACUGGAAGAGUGACUACUUGCCAGACCUCAAGCUUCUUGAAGAACAUGGACUGCUAAGCAAUGGAGCGGUAAUCAUAGCCGAUAAUAUCCUGAUUCCCGGUAUCCCAGAUUACCUAAAGUACGUAGAGAGCAGCGAUAAGUUCACCACGGAGCGAUUCUACUUCCAAGUGGAAUCAUUAGGCGUUAAAGACGCCAUGACGAUCUCCAUCUACAAUGGUAAUCAGUAGAUAACCGGAGCUAAAUGCCUGAAAGUUGACGGCCAAGUCUUCAAACAAGAUCACCAGCAUUCCAACUAUUGUGAACGCUCAUUAAACCUUAUGCAUCGAGGGUAAAUGAAUUUUGUCCCAAAAUGUCCCACAGUUGUGCCAAAAUUUCACUCAGAUCAUGGUUCAUGGAGAGUCCAUCGUGUAUCUUGGACUUACCUCUGAAAAUUCCUUCUAGUCCACUUUGGUUUUACUUAUAGAAAUGUUUCUAACUCAUUUUGUAUUCUAGAUAAAAUUCUAGCAACAAACAAUGCUCGAUAUUGAACGGUGUUAAUUAUUUUAAAUCAAUCUGGGCAUUGUUUUUAACCAAAAAUAUCAAAUUGACUGAUUAUUCUAUGUAGUGCUCUGUUUUUAGAAAGAACAAUAUUUUAACAAUUCAAUUGUGUGUUUCAUAAAUUAUAAACACUGCAGUACAGUGUUUAUUAAAUCAAUCUGGAAGUUUUUUAAUCUUUGAAAGAAAAAAUAUUAUAACAAUUCAAUUUAUUUUUUAUAAAAUUACUAACUGUUUAUAAUUCUAUCAAUCUGGGCAUUUUGUUGAUCUGAAAUAUUAAAUUGACUUAAUAUUCUAUGAAGUGCUCUGUUCUAAGACCAAUAUUUUAACAUUUCAAUUUUUUGGGUAUGAACGACAAAGUGUCUGUGUCAAGGCAUUUUUAAAUAGCUUUUAUUUCAGAUACGUUCUAAUGUCAUGCCAAUAAAUGGCCAAUAUUUCCCUUUUGUGUUCAUUGUACACGGUAAAUGAAAUUAUAGAGAUAUCGAGACUUUAUGUACUUACUGGUUGUAGCGAUUGUAUUAAUAACAAAAAAAUCAGUUAAAAAAUAAAAUAACAACGAAUCUGCCUCAAA